AUGAACAACGAAACGUCCUAUGAAGACGCACAAUUUCACGCGAGUGUCUUCAAUGAGAAUGAAUUAUUUACGCAUAUACCACCUUCUUACGAGGAUUUACCUGACGACUCUAACCGGUUUUUCUACAAAGGCGAUCUGUCCCAGCUACGGAAAACCUGGCUAGAUGAGGCCGACUACAUACCCACCGUCAUCAUUUACGGUCUGGCAUUAGUUCUUGGUGUUGUCGGCAACAGUCUGGUGAUAUUCGCUAUCGUCGGUGACAUAAAACAACGUACGAAUACCACAAUAUUUCUGUUGAGUCUGGCGUCGUCGGAUAUUUUGUUCUUGGUCAUAUGCGUGCCUUAUGAGCUGAGUCGGCACUUUAUCGAUCACUGGCACCUUGGCAGUUUCCUCUGCAAACUGUCUGGAUUUAUAGAAAUGAUGACUGCGGUUUUGACGUCAACAGAGGUGUCCGUCUUCUACAACAACCAUUCCUCCGUGACCAUGAUCUUCUGCUCAGACCACGGUGUGGAAGAUGGUAUUCGCCUCUCCUUUGCCAUUUACCAAUUCUUCACUAUGUUCCUGAUACCAACGCUUAUCAUGAUCGUGUGUUAUUACAAGGUCGUCCGAGUUUUAUGGGCCAGCGCUAAAAAACUGUCCCUAAUAACCCCACCAGAUAGGGCAUGUGAUGCCCUGUUUCUUACACGCAUCGAGACAUGCAGUCUAGGCCUAAAUGCAGGUCCAGCCGUACCAAGAUUACUGAAGAGGGCAAUAACUAAUCAUAAAUCAAAGGUGUUGGCGAGUAGAAAACAAGUAAUAAAGCUUCUGCUUAUGAUCAUUUUCGCAUUUUUGCUCAGCUGGGGGCCAAAGCUGUCCCUACGUAUCAUUCAGAAGUUACAAUUACCAAUAUUGUUUUCGCCGUCUGCAUAUGCUAUUAAGGUCUUCGUUGAUUGGCUUCCGUACAUCCAGUCAUGUAUAAACCCACUGUUUUAUUGCUUCAUGUCGCGAAAUUUCCGGCGAAGCGUACGCGUCCUUUUUGAGCGUCGGAAACGACAAAAGUUGACGGAAAGUGCGGAACUGAACUUCUUCCAGACCGCCACUUCCUCGUCGGAACAUCGGAUUCAACAGCAGACAUUGUUACAUGUAAUGUUUCGAGAAGACAUCUGCACUUGA